CCUAAUCAACACAACUAACUCUUCUAUUUGCUUCUUCUCUAUACUUUUACUGUCAGCCCCCAUUAAUCCAUCUUUCUAUUUAUUUUCCACCUUUUUUCACUCAUCUGUGUUCUGCUUCUGUUCUUCCAAAUCUAACCUCUCCUCUUACUUCAAAUCGGUGACCAUUCUAGUCUCGGCCCAUCCGAGCGUACAUCCGUGCUUCUUCCUUCCAAGUGGCUUAAAAGUAUGCUGGUAUACUGUGCUGUGCUACCGCCGUCAUGUCUGCUGACAUGUUCGCUCCGUCCGUGAGGAAGAAAUCAUUUGCACGGUGCUCCAAGCCGAGCACCAAGAUGUGUAUUCGGGAACAGAGGGAUUUCAUAACCAUGUCAUUUCCAGAGGUGUGCUGGCCGUUGCCAAUGCGAGCCAUCGGAGCUCAGAACCUCCUCACCAUGCCUGGAGGAGUGUCCAUCGCAGGAUACCUCCACAAAAAAGGAGGCAGCCAGUUCAGCAUCAUGAAAUGGCCACUGAGAUACAUUAUCAUCCACAAGGGCUGUGUGUACUACUUUAAGUCCAGUACCUCUCCUUCACCACAGGGGGCAUUCUCUCUCAAUGGCUACAACAGAGUCAUGAGAGCAGCAGAGGAGACAACAUCCAACAAUGUUUUUCCUUUUAAAAUCAUCCACUUCAGUAAGAAACACAGGACGUGGUUUUUCUCUGCAGCCAGUGAGGAUGAGAGGAGGAAAUGGAUGCGAUUCCUGCGGAGGGAGAUAGAUCACUAUAAUGACAGAAAAGAGGCCCAAAUGCAAAGUGACUCAGAUUUAGAUGCCGACAGUUUCUAUGGCACAAUUGAGAAGCUCAUGGAUAUUAAACAUCCUGUCGAUAAUUUAGAAGAUGCUUAUAUUGAGGAGGAGGAUGAUGAAGAUGAAGAAGACUAUCUGAAGCCAGACAGCGACUGUCCGGUGCCAGAUCAGCCCAUGGGACCACCCCCUUCCUACCCUCCUCCCCCAGUGCCAGUGGUGUCGCAGCUCCAUCAAGACUCCAGUCCAGGUCUCCACAAAUGUCUGCCUCCUAUUCCACCACUACACAAAAUACCAACGAGUUCUCUCUCCAAAAAACCCUUACCAUCUGCUCCCUCGCUGUCCAUACUAAAAGACGCCAGCAAGGGCCCAUCUCCUCCGCUCCCCUUUGCUCCCCACCUGAAAAAACCCUCUCCACCUCUUCCUUCUGAUAACCUAAAUAAAACUCUUCCGAGCAGGGCGUCAUCCCUGGAGGGGCCCAGAAAUGACAAGAGAAACUGGAGACUUCUUCCAGCCACUCUGCCCAUCUGUGAGCAAUUAGAGACUAGGCUGGGCUUAAAUGGUCCUGCCCACUGCUCUCUUAAUGCUGUGGCCAACCAUUCACUGGGCAACAACCACCAAAGAGAGAUGAGCAACCACCGCAGCAAGCUGAACCCACCCUCUCCUCAUUCCACAAACACUGGAGGAGCAGCUCGCAAACCUGUGAUAUCAAACUCCCUGUCCGUCAACCAGAUGUCCUCCAGUUGCCCACCACCACCUGGCUACCCUCCGCUCUCUCCUAUACUCAAAACUGGACUGCACAAUAAGCCAGAGUUACCCAAACCUCCUCUGCCUGCUGUCAAACCCCAGCCUCCUGCCACCAAGCCCAAGCAGCCAGGAUCCCUACUUCAAAGAACCUCUCCAGAAGGCCAGAGUUUCCGAGACGAAGCGCCCUCAGAGUCCAGAAGGAAACAAGAUUCACCCAAAUAUCGCAGAGGAGAUGAUUCUGACGAGGACUAUGAGAAUGUACAGCUGCCAGACUCGGUGUUCAUCAACACGACUGAAACCAGCUUCGUAGAAAAGUUAUUCAGAGACAGUGAAAGCCAGCCACAGGAUGGACUAUACGGCAUCAGGAACUCCGGAACCAAAACCUCCAAGGUGCUAGUGGUUUGGGACAUCAGUAUAAGCAAAGCCAGAAACUACCGAAUAUUUGAAGAGGAGGACUGCAUUUUUCUGGAAAGUGAUGUGACCUUCAGCUCUCUGUCAGCUCUGAUUGAACACUACUACAGCCACCCUCUUCCUCACCACGGCUCAUUGUGCCUGCAGAAGCCCUACACAAAGACGCUGAGCAUCUUAUCGACACAGUCAAUAAACAAACACAGUUGAAACUGAUGGACACCAAAGCAGGAAAAAGGGGUAGCCCCGGCAAAGUGAUCCUUGUCCACAGCACACGGAGAUAAAGUCACUCCCACAGAUUAAAGAACUGUCACAAUGGAUCACACCUCAGACUUUUCAGCGCAAAAGAGAAAUGAUGUGUUUUCACCUGCAGUUGCACCACAAUGUAUCAUAAAGUUUCAUGACAAGCAGCAAGGAGAGUAACUCUUAAUUUAAAUGCAUAAUGAUAAAUGGAACUUUAUUUAACUUACUUUAAGACAAACUAGACUCCUAUCCAUACACAAUAAGCAGUCAUAUUCCUCCUAUGUGCAAUUACUGUAAAUACACAUUUAUUGUUAAAGCUUGUAGUUAUGACAAAGAUAAACCUUUCUAAAAAUCUGGCAAACCUUUUAAUGGACCAAAUGUGUUGCUACUUUAUUCAAACUGCAAUAUAUUAAGCAAGGGUGAAAUGAAAAAGUGAUGAAGGACAGUCAGUUCGACCAGUCAGGGGCCUGUGAUAUAAUUUAUCCACAGAGGGGCGCUCUGACACAAAAUGACAGCUAAAGAUUAUUCAGUUCAAGUUUAGGUCCAGAUCCCUGUGGGAUUCUAAGAAUCUGUUUAUGGUAUUUGUAUAUCUGUCUCUAUGUUUUUGUCCUCCCCAGCUACAUAUACGAUUGGGUCAGUAUAUUAAGAAAACCUCUGAAUAUAAUGCAGUCCAGUACAACACCACCUUUAACUACAACUUCAA